AUAGCGAUAGCGAUAGUGACAAUGACUACGGUGUCGAUGACAAAGUAUCGCUGGAACGAUAUCGAGCGCUGCAGUUGGCGUGGGCGUGCGCUACCUGGGAGCACAAUGUGCGUGCCAUCAGGGAGCUACGGGCCCUGUUUGAAGGAGUCUACACGAAGCGUGCCGAUAAGGCUGUGCAAGGCGCUAUGCUCGAAGAUUUGAUGGUUGCGUUGGCUCAGGCUGAGAGGAUGGGGCGGCUAGAUGGAACGCUGGAUGGCUUAGUGACAGCGGCGCUACGUGUGCUGCCCAAGCAAAAGCGGAAUGCGGUCGCAACGGCCCACCGCCGGGCUGCGGUGCAGCAGCGCCGGGAGGCGCGCCGGCGCCGCAGCCCAGACGGCACGCCUCGCGCUGAGAGCGACGACGACAGCUCUGAAGGAGGCGACGGGUCUGAAGGCUGUGGCGUGCGGCUGCCGUCACUGCACGACCUGCCGCUUGAGGUCAUUGAAACCGUGUUCGAGCACCUGGGGCCGGUGGAGCUAGGCCGCUGCGCCUGUGUUAGCAGGAGCUGGCGUGAGGUGGCGGUGUCCUCCCACAUGGACAUGGUUUGGACGCAGCUCUUUCACCUGACUUUCCCGCGGUCCGCGCUGGUUGCGGCCGCGGGGCCUGGAGGAGCAGGGGCGCCGCUGGCAACCGCAUACACACUCUUUUGCCGCGCAGCGCUGGGCAAGCCACGGCGUCUCGCGCGGUGGUCAGGGCGUGUGCUGCGGGCUGGUACCUUGGGCUGGGUUUGCACCGACGAUCUCCGGCGCUUGCCCGCAUGUGCCUUUCGUGAGCUUGGGUUCCCGACUGAGAGCCAGGUUGUCCAGUGGGCUUGCGGGAAGCGGAAUGUGGGGGCUAGCAGCAGCAGCUCAGGGGAGAGCAGCGACGACGACGACGGGAGUGACAGCGACGACGAACCGUCCAGCUCGGCAGCGGGCGAGCGCCUGGCGCGCAUGAAGCUGUGGGCUGUGCCAGCGGUGCCCUAAAAGCAGCUGUGAGGUGGUUCAUGCUGGGGGCUUGCGGGGAGGUGCGUACGUAUCAUCACAGGUUGCAAUGGAGGUGCUGUUAGGUGACACAGGGACCUGGGGGCUCUGUGCAGGGUGUGAGCGGAGGGCGCGCGGCAGGCCAUGUGGUGGGGGAACACCGUGUAGCCGCUGAGAUGCGGCGCAAGGGCGCAGGCUGCGGCCAACUGGUGAGAAGUGUCGUGUCGUCUGCGGGCGAGCAGAGCAUGUGCGGGCAUGUGCUGCUGUUGCGGGUAGCAUUAGCAGUAGGAUUAUGCAGGCUUUGCAGACCUAAUGCGCAGGCGUUGCCUGCUCUAUCGCAGAUGCGCUUGAACAAUGGGGAAGGUCCCCUACUUGAUCAUCAUACGGUAUGUGUAAUCCGCGCUACUCCCGGCGGGAGACAGAUGAACGAUGCUACCGGUUGUAACCACAAUAGCGC